AUGAUAUUUGAUUUUCUAAAUUUCAAAACUCGAAAAACAUUUAGACUAGUUAUUGUAGGGCUUUACCCCAAAGGGAGCCCUUCCAGAAAUUCUCGAAGGCCCAAGACAAGCUUAGGCCCAGGAGGGGGUUUGGAAAUAGUUUUCAACCAGCAAUAGACGCGCC